AUGGCGGCCUGGUCCUCCCCGUCACCCAGAAUCGGCCCGGGCCCCAGCGAGAAGGAGGAAUGGUGGCCUGGUCCUCCCCGUCACCCAGAAUCGGCCCGGGCCCCAGCGAGAAGGAGGAAUGGCGGCCUGGUCCUCCCCGUCACCCAGAAUCGGCCUGGGCCCCAGGGAGAAGCAGGAAUGGCGGCCUGGUCCUCCCCGUCACCCAGAAUCGGCCCGGGCCCCAGCGAGAAGCAGGAAUGGGGGCCUGGUCCUCCCCGUCACCCAGAAUCGGCCCGGGCCCCAGCGAGAAGCAGGAAUGGGGGCCUGGUCCUCCCCGUCACCCGAAGCGGCCAGGGCCCCAGCGAGAAGCGGGAAUGGGGGCCUGGUCCUCCCCGUCACCCGAAGCGGCCAGGGCCCCAGCGAGAAGGGGGAAUGGGGGCCUGGUCCUCCCCGUCACCCGAAGCGGCCCGGGCCCCAGCGAGAAGGGGGAAUGGGGCCCUGGGCCUACCAGUCACCCCGAAGCGGCCCGGGCCCCAGCGAGAAGGGGGAAUGGGGCCCUGGGCCUACCAGUCACCCCGAAGCGGCCCGGGCCCCAGCAAGAAGGGGGAAUGGGGCCCUGGGCCUACCAGUCACCCCGAAGCGCAAGAAGAGGGAAUGGGGGCCCGGGCCUACCCGUCACCCCGAAGCGGCCCGGGCCCCAGCAAGAAGGGGGAAUGGGGGCCCGGGCCUACCCGUCACCCCGAAGCGGCCCGGGCCCCAGCAAGAAGGGGGAAUGGAGGCCCGGGCCUACCCGUCACCCCGAAGCGGCCUGGGCCCCAGCAAGAAGGGGGAAUGGAGGCCCGGGCCUACCCGUCACCCCGAAGCGGCCCGGGCCCCAGCAAGAAGGGGGAAUGGAGGCCCGGGCCUACCCGUCACCCGAAGCGGCCCUUGCCCCAAGAAGGGGGAAUGGAGGCCCGGGCCUACCCGUCACCCGAAGCGGCCCUUGCCCCAAGAAGGGGGAAUGGAGGCCCGGGCCUACCCGUCACCCGAAGCGGCCCUUGCCCCAAGAAGGCGGAAUAUGGGUCUGGGCCGAACCCUGACCCUGACCCUGAAAAGUCAGGUCAAAGUAGAAGGGAUAUGGACCUUUGCCCUGACCUCUAA